CUUAGUGCUCCUGACUCAGCCCAGAUGACAAGCAACCUCAUGCUGAUGUAAAGCUAAGAAAAAGCAGCUUCAGAUUUUACAAUGAGCUCAUCUACAAAUCUCAAACAAAAGAAGAAAACCAGAAAACUAACGGACAAUUAACCACAGCUGUUUGCUGCCUGGUACAUCAGCAUCAACAAUAUUUCAGCUUUCUUUAUAAUCAAGGGAGCUAAUCAUUUUGGAUUAUAUUGCAAUUGGGAGUGGCUGCUGCUUUGUGCACGUAGGGAGUCUCCAUUGGAGCAAUCACAGUGCUUGAAUGCUGAGUUUCCCUCUGAGAUGCUCUUGUGCCUCUUAGAAGAAGAAAUGUCACUCCAAGAGCUUAACCAGCGAUUGCAGAGUGUAAUUACUCAUGUUGAUGAAAUUAUGCAACAGGAGAUAAGACCUCUCCUAGCGGUUGACAUCAUUGAACAGUUACAUAAACAAUUUGCCUUUCUGUCAGGUGGAAGGGGCCAGGAUGGAGCUCCAAUCAUAACUUUUCCAGAAUUCUCUGGCUUUGGCGACCUCCCUGAUGAAGACUUUUUAAAUGUCAUAACGUACCUAACUAGUGUACCCAGUUUAGAUGCUGCUAGCAUUGGAUUUAUCAUCAUCAUUGACAGACGACGUGACAAAUGGAGCUCCAUAAAGGCUUCUUUAUCAAGAAUUGCAGGAGCAUUUCCAGGCAACUUGCAGCUCGUGCUUGUCUUGCGACCUUCUCGUCUUUUACAGAGGACCCUUGCUGACAUUGGCAUUCGAUUUCACCGGGAUGAUUUUAAACUGAAGAUUGUUAUGUUAAAUUCACUGUCUGAUUUACAUAACUACAUUGACAAGAAUCAGCUUACAUUUGAAUUAGGUGGAACCUUGGAAUAUUGUCAUAGUCAAUGGAUUCAUCAUCGCACAGCUAUUGAGAAUUUUGCCGUCACUGUGAAGACAACUGCCCAAAUGCUUCAAAUGUUUGGUAUUGACCUUGCAGAGACAGAGCUCCCUAAUAAUGUGGAAAAUACAGAGGCUCUCCUUAAAACUCACAUUGGGAAGCAUGAUGAACUAAAGGGUGAACUAAAUCUUGCCAUGAAACAGGGAACGACCCUCCUGUCAUGUAUCAAGGAGCAAGCAGGAAAACAUGUGAACUAUAAACUCAAUCCAGAUGAGGUGGAAAAUGCCACUACAGUGGAAAGGUUGCUUGCCCAGCUGGAUGAAACAGAAAAUGCUUUUGAACAAUUUUGGUCCAAACACCACCUCAGGUUAGAGCAAUGCUUGCAGCUGAGACACUUUGAGCAAGACUUCCGAGAGGUAAAGAUGUCUUUGGACUGCCUCAUGGAGACACAGGCUGCUUUCACUGAAAUAGGAGACUCUGUGGCACGAGUAGAACAGCUUCUGAAUGACCUGAAAUCUUUGGAAGAAAAAGCUCAGGAAUCACUGGAAAAAGCACAAUUACAAGCAUUUCAUGGAGACCAGCUUAUCCAAAGCAAUCAUUAUGCUGUUGACUCCAUCCGCCCCAAGUGCAUUGAACUUCGACGGCUUUGUGAUAAUUUUACCAAUGAAACUAAAAAGAAGAAUGACAUACUUGGAAAAUCAUAUGAACUCCAUAAACAGUUAGAAAAGGCAAAUCAGUGGUGCGAAUCUGGAAUCUACUUGCUUGCCUCUCAGGCUAUAGAUAAAUGCCAAUCACAAGAGGGAGCCGAGGCAGCCUUGCAAGACAUUGAGAUGUUCCUUGAAUCUGCUAAAGACCACCAACUGUGUAAUCUAAAGGAAUUGCACAAUCAGUAUGAAAUUUUUCUAACAUCAGAUGUAAAGGCUUCUGUUCAGAAAGCACUUCAGAAGCUGGAAGAUGUCCAGGAAAUGUUUGAAAGGAGACAGGCAAGUCUUAAGAAGCUAUCUGCCAAGCAAACACGCCCUGUUCAGCCAGUUGCUCCUCGGCCAGAAUCUUCCCCAAAGCGAUCAUCCCCUAAGCCUGCAAGAAACCCAGGCCUUGUGUCAAACCAAAGGACACCUGAGACUGCUAGCACUCCUAAACCCUUGAAUGAUACUGAAUUGGCUAAAAAGAAAAAUGCAAGGAAGGCUAAAGGACGAAUUAAGAUUGAAGUUAUGCAUGAAGCCAGUCAAGGGGGUUCCAGCCGCAUCUUGGGGAUGCAGGAAACAGAAGAAAACCUAUCGGGAAGACGCAGGCUCAUUAUGAAUGAACUAUUGGAAACAGAAAGGGUUUAUGUUGAAGAGUUGCAGAGCAUCAUUGAGGGUUAUGUUGCUGAGCUGGAUAAUCCUGAACUUUUUCACCUUAUUCCAUCAGCCUUGCACAGCAAAAAAGAAGUGCUUUUUGGCAACCUUAUGGAAAUCUAUGAGUUUCACAACAGAAUAUUUUUGAAAGAACUGGAAAAUAUUGUUGAAAAUCCAGAGUUAGUUGGAAUCUGCUUUUUGAAAAGAAAAGAGGAUCUCCAGGUUUACGAAAAAUACUGUCAAAACAAGCCUCGAUCAGAAGCUCUCUGGAGGCAAUUUGGAGAUAAUUCAUUUUUUCAGGAAUGCCAAAGAAAACUGGAUCAUAAACUUGCCCUAGAUGCUUAUUUGUUGAAACCAGUCCAGAGAAUCACGAAAUACCAGCUUCUACUUAAGGAACUACUGAAAUGCAGUAAGAAUUCAGACGGAACUUUGGAACUUGAGGAAGCUCUGGCUACAGUUUUGGAUAUAAUCAAGUCAGUGAAUGACUCCAUGCAUCAGAUUGCUAUUACAGGAUUUGAGGGAAAUCUAAAUGAUCUUGGCAAACUACUGAUGCAGGGAUCUUUCAAUGUUUGGACAGACCACAAAAAAGGUCAUAACAAGGUGAAGGACCUGGCACGUUUUAAGCCUAUGCAGAGACAUUUGUUCCUCUACAAUAAAAUGUUGCUGUUCUGUAAAAAGCGAGAGGAGACUGUGGAAGGCCAUGAAAAAUCUCCAUCAUACAGCUUUAAACAUUCCCUAAAGAUGAGUUCAGUUGGCAUAACAGAAAAUGUCAAAGGAGACAACAAAAAAUUUGAAAUUUGGUAUAAUGGUAGGGAAGAGGUAUACAUUAUCCAGGCAAUAUCGGUGGAUCAGAAGAAUCUAUGGGUUUCUGAAAUUAGAAAGGUUUUGACUGGACAACUUGAAGCAUGCAGAGAAGCAAGUCAGCUUCAUCAAAGGAUAACUGAAAAUGUCUACCAUGCUCCUAUGCACUCCCCUAAUGCCAGAAAUCUAAGGAGGUCUGUUUCCAAGCAAGAAAGUAAUAAAUCUGAGUCCUCCAGUCCUGAAAGUGUUAUCAGAAGAAGUGGCACCUCAAGCCCCAACAUCAGAUUAAAGCAAACUGAUGCUUCUGCCAGUCAGAAUCUUGAACGUUCCGCUCUUGCUAAAAAGCGCUUCACAUUGCAGGGUCUUUCCAACCGCAGACAACAAUCUAAAGAGCCUCAAUCUAAGGAGACAGAAGUUACACGACGGUUUUCUUUAGCCUCCUCAAUCAGUUCCUCAGCUACUAGACGCACAAAAGGUCCACUCGCUCCUAACCUUAAAGCUAAAAGGCAUGAAAUAAAGAGUGACCCUACUCCUUUGGGUUAUGAAGAUACAUUACGUAACGCUAUACCAGCUGUCAUUAAACGUAACAGUACAUGUACAGAUUCAGUUGUACCUAGAUCUACCUCCCAGACAGGGUGGAUUCACCGACCAAUGCCAUCCUUGGACACUGCUGAGGAUUUUGAGACUAUUCCUUCAAGCCCUGAAGAUUUUUCUAACUCUUCUGAUGCAGAUGAGGAACCAAACAGUAAAAGUGAACAUGGUCUGUUCCAGGCUCAAUUAACAUAUGAACCAAAAACUUCUGAAGAAUUAUUUCUAGAAUCAGGGAAUGUAGUAGAAUUCAUUGAGGAAGAAGAAAAUGGACAAUGGAUAGUCAAGGACAUUAUAACUCAGAAGACAGGGUUGGUCCCAGCCAGUGUACUGCAUUCCAUGGGAGGAGAUCCCAUAAGCAUUAAUUCUGAUUUUUACAGUGAUAUAUGUAAUGCUGCUUUAGCACUUUCAGAAGAAAAGGAUGGCCGCAUGCACAGAAUAGAAUUUGAUGAAGAGGCUGGCUCAAGAAAAAUUUAACAACCCUGAAGUAAUUUCAGCUUCUGCAGUUUCUGUGUGUUUUAACAGAUCUGCUACACAGGCAUGGGAGGCUUGGAGGCUGGUAUUAAUUUUAUGAAAGCUAAUGUAGGAUAUAAGCAGUACCAUGUCCUGAUGAACUUCAUUUGCUCACCCACUUUAAGGUAACUGUUUGAUGGUAUAUUUUGAGUACUUGCCAGCAAUUCAGAGAGACAAUGUGGGCUGAGUGAAGUGGUGCUUUAUUCUUUUUCUUAGCACUGUAUCAGUGCAUUUUAUUCUGUCUCUUAGGAUCCUGGUUUUCAGACACCAUAAUAAGGCUGUACCAGUAUUAUCUGACAGAUGAAAGAGAAGAACUUCAGAAAACUGCUUUAGUCUCCAACUUCAGAAUGAUACUGAGUUUUGCAGCUUUCUUCUGAAUCAAUUAAAUAGAUGCUGAAGAACUCUAAUCAUUAGAUUUAAAAAACAAAAAGGGGAUAAUACAAAAUAAUGAAUAGCAGAUCAUGGCUUGCUGUUGCAUUUCAUUAUUUUUACUUGUUGUACAGUAUUAGAGACUUGAAAUUGUACAUUGUGAAGCAGACUGAUAAUUAUAGUACAAUGUGAUUUUUUUUUUGUUAUUUGCAUUUUUAAACAAUAUGUACAGACUGGAAAAUAAAUGUAAAACCAUACACUUUAAUGAUUAAGUACUGUAACUCUCAUUGUGCAUCCUUUGGUUUCUGGAGAAUUGCUAAAAUUGCAAUAACUCCAAAAACACUUUGAAUCUGAAACAUUAACUGUGUUUAUUUGCAGAGCUCACAUUUCCAAUGUUCAACUACAUAUUAUAAUUUGAUAUGGCUUUUAUUGAUUUUCAGACAGAGGGAACAAUGUUUAUGUUUGUAGGCAUCUUAAGCCAUGGUAUUCAUAUCCUGCAAUAUCUGGAAACCAAAAGGAACCCUUAAGACUUCCAUCUUUGAGAAAUGUAAAUGUGUUCACAAUUUUGGAAAUAUCUUCAUUGAAUUCAUUUUCAUAAGGAAAAUAUUCUUAAAAAAGGUUUUCAGAAGAAAAGACACAUAUUAUGACUACUAUAGCAAAGUCUUCGAUCUUUGUGACUGUACUUGGUUUAAAAUUUAACUCUGGCUCUGCUUGCAUAUAUCUAUUUAUUUAUUUAAACCUAAUCAGGGAAGUAAAGAGUAGGCCAGAGUUUAUUUUCAAGUUCAUAUUUUGAUACAUAAACAGGCAGCAUACCUAUUUCAGCCAAUUAGUUAUUUGGUUAUUACUCAUUGAGAUAAAGGAAUCAGUAUAACAAUGACAUUUGUAUGCUUUUGUUUCAGUGUUUUAUUAUUUCAACAUGACUGGUAAAUAACUUCAUCCAAAAUGUUUUAAGUAUUAUUUUAUUCUUGAAUUCUAUGUGACUCUAGUCAUUCUGUUGAAGAAGAUACACACACACUGCUUUAUUCUGAACUUACCAACUUUUAUACUAGUUUAAUAUCAAAGCAGUACUACAAUAAACAGGAAAUUUAAAUUCAGUUUUUUACUGCCUUAUCUCAAAAACAUAAGAAAAACAAAACAUUUAGAAAAGUUUUACCACUGUUCUUUUUUAAUGUCCCAUAAGAAUGCUUACUGCAAAUGCUAAAUUAUUCUUUAAAACAUAUUAAAUACUGCAAAGCAGACUCCUUUUUAUAAAAAGUGUAAUUGGAACACAUAUGUACAUGCUUUUCAAGAUACUGAUAAUUAAAAUCUAUAUCUAC